GUAGAACUCCGACUUCAAUGAUGAGGACGAAUCACCGGGAUUGACAUGAACCAUAAAACAAGGCUUCUAUACAGCCUUCACUUUGGACAAACAACUCAUUCAUACCCAGGUACAAAAGGCGUGCCACUGUCUCUGCCGUUUUCAGUUUUGCAGCCCUUCUUUCCGCCCUUCCAGGCCUCAACCAUUCAUUGCCCUCUUGCAACUGAACUGGCAAAAUAUACUCGCCCAACAAUAAAUAGUACAACACCUCUGGAAGUAUAUACAACGAGAGUGGUACACCUCCUACGACAACUCCUUCUCCGCCAUGGCUCAAGAAAACAAAGACUCCAAACCCCCCAGACGCUCAAUGUUCCAACUCGACGGGUUCACGAACCUCUCCCUCCGCGAACGAGUCCAAUACCUCGCCGACAUGGUACGCAAAGACCCCAACUUUUCCGGCUUCGACACCUACGCCUUGAAAUCUGGCGUCGAACUCAUCGACGCGCGACCCAACUUUGUCAAAUGGGAAAUGGAAAUCGGGCCGCAUCUAUGCAACAAAUCAAACAACCUGCACGGCGGCGCGGCGGCCACAAUCCUCGACACCUUGACCUCGACGGCUCUGUUGACGAUAGCCAGGCCGGGCUUUCUUGACGGCGGACAUGUCAGUCGAACCAUCACUAUGACGUAUCUCCGUCCAGUGCCGAAUGGGUCGAAAGUCUCGAUUGAAUGCGAGAUCCAGGCGGCAGGGAGGAGUCUUGCUAACAUAGUGGGGAAGAUUUUUGUUGAUGGGAAGUUGUGUGUUACUUGUGUUCAUGAUAAAGCUGUUUUUGCGAGACAGGAUCAGCAGCAGCAGGCGAAGUUGUGAAAUGGAGAUGGAAACGGGAUAGAACGGGACCGCUGGGGUUAUGUAGAGGUCCUGCAACUGGGCGGCGGCUUGAGGGGACCGGCAGUUCGGUGUUCAGAGGUAACUGCAUGGCAUAGACUGGAGAACAGGACUCGUUUAGACUAGACGAGGGCUUACGGUAGAUAGACAAGUCCCGACCAUUUUUGACAAACUGCAUGAGGAGUGGUUCUAUGGCAGUAUAGACGUGUGCUAGACACAAGCUACUGGUCAUCAAGAUGGCGAGCAAGAGCAAGCGAGCUGUACUAGGCACAUGAGAGGGUCCGUUCAAUUCACACUUACUCACUGUGGGUUACUUUCGACAAACACUGUUACAGUACGAAACAGAAACAAAGAGACAUAGUUAUGAUUUCUCAUGUCAAGAAUAAGCUAGGUAGACCAUGGUUCCAGCCCUCUUCAAGUUUGACAGCAUUCUGGUUGUGCAUGUCUCCGAUGGCAUCCUAAGACUCAUGAUCCGCUUGCCUAGCAGCAGCAUCAGCCAGAGGCUGAAUGAUAGUCCACAG